GAUUUUAUGUUUUGCUUGAAACCUUGGAUCAAGGCCAUGUAUGUGGCGUAAGCCGUAAACCCUUGCGUAAACCCACGGUGACUAUAAAUACGUAAACCCAGGGUAUAUUGAGUGAAGCGUAAACCCACCGUGGCGUAAGCCCUUGGAUUGACCGGCUGAAGGCAUUGGAAGGCAUGCGAUCAUUAUUUGUUCUGUGUCAUGCAUUGAUAGGCCAUUUCAAUUUCUCGCUAACUGGUUGAUUUCCAAUUUUGAGGCUUCAUAGUUCAUACACAAAUACUGAAGAUCGGCAUUAUACGCGGAAUCAACACCUCAGGAAGCAUCUUGUAACCAUGGCGGGCAAAAAAGAGAAGAAGAAGAAGUUGACAAAAGAAGAAAGGAAACGUCUCAAGAAGGAGGAGGAGGAGAGAAGAGCGCGCGAGGCUGAGGAAGCCAGGCUCCAGGAGGAGGAGGCGGAGCGAAUGCGCCUGGAGCAGGAGCGUCUGGAGGCUGAGGAGCGCGCCAUUCGAGACGCCGAGGAGCGCGUGCUGCGUGGCAUGCAGCUCAUCACCACCAACGAGACGGUCAGCGAGAACCAGCGCCGGCUGGCCGACGCGCUCAGCGUCGAGUACCAAAACGACAGGUGGGAGCGCUACAUGCGCUGUGACGGGCUGCCAGAUCCGCUGACACGCCAGGAGGUGACCGCCUACCUCAACAGCUGGCGCGAGACCCCGAUCGAGGCUGAACAGUACCCGGAGGUGAUGCGGCGCACGGACGAGGUGCUGCGCGUCAUCGACGACCUCGAGCGACACGUGCGAGACAAGGCGUACGGCGACGGCGAGGUGGCACAGGACAUGGCCGCCAUCUUGCAGCAGUACCAGGACACGCAGACGGAGAAGCUGGACGUGGCCACGUAUAACCUGCUGACGGACCUGCGACCGCACGUGGACCUGGAGACGAACACGGUGCAGUUCUGCAGUCUGGGCCGCCACGUCAGCCUGGCCGUCUGGUCUAACUGCAGCAAAAACCUGAAAAACAAGGGCUUCCUCUUCAAGGACCUGGGCGUGCGCUUCGAGCUGCCCAAACAGCUGAUGGAUAAGGACAUCGCGGUGCGAAUCAUGCGCACCGAGUACGACCACGUCUCGAAGUUCUGCCGCUCCAAGAAAAUGCUGGACUUGGCUGAGUUCAGAGCGCGAGAGACGCUCUCGGACGUGGUUCUGGAGGAGGACCUGCGCCGGGAGCGGGAGCGGGAGGCAGCCCGGGUCGCCGCCGAGCAGCAGGCCGAGCGGGAGGCGGCAGAGGCGGAGAGACUGGCCGCGGAGGCCGCCUCGGCAAAGGACAAGAAGCCGGGCUUUAUGUCGGCUGGCAGCAGCCGCAGCGGAUCCCCGGACAAGAGCAGCGCGCCCGCGUCGCCCUCAAAGUCGCCCAAGGGCGGAAAGAAGAAGGGCAAAAAGGGCAAGAAGGGCAAGGACAAGUCCAAGUCGCGCAGUCCGAAGCGCACGCCGGUGCCGGACCCGGAGCCGGAGCCGCCUGUGCCCAAGGUGCCGUCGCUGCUGGUGGCCACUGAUAAGGAGGAGCUGAACCUGCGGCGGUACCGCGUCAUCGGCGGACUCAUCCACUUCGACCUGCUGCACAUUCCGCCACAGCCUAAAGUGGUCGGCGUCUGGACACUGCGCGAGGUGUGCGAGCCCCGCACGGUGCGUCGGUUUCCGUUCCGGGCCGACUACCGGCCCCCGCCUCCUGCCGACGGACUGACCAGCCGGCGCCGCGAGCCCGAGGAGAUCGAGCGAGAGAUACGCCAGCAGGAGGCCGAGAUGCAGAAACUCAUCUCCACCAGCGUCGACGAGGUAUCCUCCCAGCCGGCGGUGGGGGAGGCCGGCGCGGUGCCGGCGGCCGUCUCGGAGAGCCGCGGCUCGGUCUCGGCCUCAGAGACGGCCUCGGCGCGCUCCGUGAGCCGCUCGGCGCGCCGAUCGCUGAGCCGCACCGGCAGCAGGGUGUCCCGGGUGCGCAUCUCGGCGGCCGGCGACGGCUCGGAGCGCGACACGGAGCUGUCGCCGGUGCCCGAGCCGACUGUCGAGCUGCCCGAGCCGCCGCAGCCCAUCGACUACGCCCUGGAGGUGGCCGACCGGCCUGAGGACUUCCCGCUGGUCGAGACCCGUCUGCCCGAGACGACGCUGUGGUUCGAGCCGCCGUUCUUCGUCCGCUGGGACGAGGACAGGUCGUGCUGGAGCACCGAGGGCUUCUACGACACCCGGUACAACGAGGAGACCUACGUGCUGCAGGCGCGCACACUGCGUCUGGGUCUGUUCGGGCUGGCCGUGAACCGCUUCUCGAACCUCCCCUACCAGAACUGGUCGUACGCGCCGACCGGACCGGCCUCGGCUGAACUGAACAUCACCGCCGCCGUGGCCGGCGUCCGCAUGGCCGUCAAGGACGAUCUGGUGAGCCUGUGUGAGGUCACUGGCGGCUCCAGCAACUGCCUGGAACAGUACUACGAUAAAUUUAUGAAGCCGGAGAAACUCAUUCAGACGCUGCAGCGGCACGGGCUGGACCUGUUUCCCGAGGAGGACUCGUACCUCUACAUCGAGGGAACGUCGCUGAAGCACCAGCCGUGCGAGAAGCACCUCUACUGGUGCAUGGCGCUGGUGGGCAACGCGUACGGCUUCAGCUCGAGCCGCUGGAACCUGCUGGCCGGGGCUGAGAACCUGGUGCUGCAGUUCAAAGAGAUGCUCAGCGAACAGCUGCAGGGUAACCCUGCACUGCUGCUGGUACGGCCGCGCAAAACCACCAUUGUGGAAUGUGGCGAGACCAGCCAGGGCUGGAGUGACCAGGAGGCGCCAGGAAUGCCGUACUUUGCCGACCUGUACCACCUGGUGGAGGCCCUGGGCUCGGAGGAGGCACGCGCUCGGCUGGAGGCGGCGCCCUGCACGUUCGUCAACUGCCUGCACACGUUGUUCACCGCCACGCGACUGCUCUCCUACUCCUAGUGUGGCCACAAUGAGUCAGCGCAGCGGUCCAGUGGUGCUCAGUGAUAUACUGCCGCUAUCUGAUCUCCGAUCGCAUCCGAUCAUACGCCGACGCGAUUCAAGACGACUCCGGGUUUCAGCUGUGAGACGGUCAGCUGGUUGAUGCUAGUCAUGGUGGAGAUUUUCAACUGAACCAAAGUGAAAAUGGAGCAGUUUCUCUUGAAGAAGCUAACAGUAGAACGCGAUGUAUGUACUGUACUGAUCAAUGAUCAUGUUGUAAUUUAGCAGCAGCUCGAUAGGAUUGAUGCUCUCUUCCGACGAGGAAGCUAUUGAAACUCGCUGGCUAACCUAGCUUCGCAUUAUUCUCUUCCGACACCUCAUCGUGUGUUACCCGCUGACCUCAUCUGAGAUGUGCUGCUGAAGAUGUGCAAUAAAUCGAUCUCUGUACUCUGC